AUGACACGCCGCCAAAAAAUCCUAAUAAUAGCUUUUCCGGGCCAAGGUCACAUUAAUCCGUCUCUUCAAUUCGCUAAACGCCUCCUAAAUAUGAAUGUAGAAGUCACAUUUUGCACAAAUUCAUCUGUUAUCCGCCUUAUUGAGAACCAAACCACCCAUCAUGGCCUAACCUUCGCCCCAGUGUCUGAAGAUGCCCGAAAAGUUAAUUCCACCUUAGAAGAGUUCAUUUCGGAUUUUGCAAUCAAUGGCACUCGAGAAGUCUCUAAAAUGAUCAAAUCAGCAUUUACCACUGGCCGCCCAUUUGAUCACAUGGUGUACACCACCAUUGUGACAUGGGCGGCCGACGUGGCAAACACAUAUAGUCUUAAAUCCACCCUUCUGUGGUGCCAAUCCGCGACUAUCUUGGAUCUUUACUAUUAUUAUUUCAAUGGGUAUCAAGAUCUCAUUACUAGUAAUAAGAACAACCCGAAGUUUCUCAUCAAGUUGCCUGGAUUGCCAUCACUUACAAUUUCCGAUCUACCAACCUUUUUCUUGCCCGAAUGCCCCGAAGAACAUGACUUUGUUUUACCUCUUUUUCGGGAUCACAUUGAUGCUUUAAAAAAGUCUCCAAGAAUUCUUGUGAGUACUUUUAAUGAGCUAGAAAUCGGACCCAUUAAAGCUAUUGAAAAGCUUCAGUUGCUUUCUGUUGGACCCUUGAUCCCAUCAGCCUUCUUAGAUGGAAAAGACCCGUUAGACAAUUCGUUUGGUGGUGACUUGUUUGAGACGACAGAGGAAGAUUACAUCAAAUGGCUAAACACGAAAGCUAAGUCAUCUGUCGUGUAUGUUUCAUUCGGAAGUAUGUCAACUUUAUCAAAUGAUCAAGCUGAAGAAAUGGCAAUUGGGUUGUUGGAGAGCAAAAGACCGUUUUUAUGGGUAAUUAGAGACGAAAACAAGGGUUCAAAUUUGAGCAAGAUUGAUGAAUUAAGAAAACAAGGGAUGAUAGUGGGUUGGUGCUCUCAAGUGGAGGUACUGAGCCACCAAGCAAUUGGGUGUUUUGUGACACAUUGUGGGUGGAAUUCAACGGUGGAGGCAUUGGCAGCUGGUGUUCCUACCGUGGCGUUUUCACAAUGGAGUGAUCAGGGAACAAAUGGGAAGAUGAUCGAAGAUGUGUGGAAAACCGGGGUCAGGGUGAAGAGGAAGGAGGGGGAUGGAGUAGUGACAGGGAAUGAGAUUAAAAGGUGUGUGGAAAUGGUAAUGGAAAAUGAAGAAAUGAGGAGAAAUGCAGAGAAAUGGAGGGAUUUGGCAAGAGAGGCUGUUAGCAAUGAUGGAUCAUCCAUUGUCAACCUUCAAUCUUUUUUGGAUGGUGUUUGGAACAGAAUUACUAAAUUAUAG